AUGGGGAGUGGGCCCAUCACAGGCUGCUUAGGCAUCCCGGCUUUCGGCAUCGAUGAGAAGGGCUGGAUGAGGAUUGAGAAGGCCCGGCGCCGAUACACGGGGCAGGGGACUCAGCUCGUUGCAGAAGCCAUCCAGAAAUUCUCGCGGCCCUACCAGAUCGCCACCGAUAUAGGCAUCAAGAUCUUCCUCCCCGCUCGAUACGCAGAGGAGAUCAAGAAUAUCAAAGACUUGAGCUUCAAGGAAGCCAUGAAGUGGGAAUUCUUCCUUGAAUACCCGGGUCUCGAGGCAUUGGAUACCAUAACCCACUCGAGUGAUAUUGUGCAGAAGGUCACCCGCCAAAACAUCACACAGUCACUGAACCUGAUCACCGACGACCUCUCGGAAGAAGCCGACUUGGUCCUGCACGAGAUGCUGGGUGACAGCGAAGAGUGGACAUCCAUUACAUUGAAGCCGUUUGUCCUCGAUCUCGUAGCCCGGCUCUCGUCGCGCCUGUUUGUCGGUGAAGAUCUCUGUCGGAAUGAGGAGUGGCUCCGACUGGCCAAGAACUUCACGCUGGACAGCUUCGCGGCCGGCCGCGUGCUCCGCAGCUGGCCAUUCGCGCUCCGGUCAAUCCUGGUAUGGUUCCUGCCAGAAUGGAAGAAGGUCAGACAGGACACGGCGGACGCGAAAAGGAUCCUUGGCCCGGUGGUCGAAAAGCGGCUCGCGGCAAACCGGGCGGCAGACGCAAAGGGGUUGCCGCGCCCAAAGACGGGAGAUACCAUCCAGUGGUUCCAGGAUGCUUUCGAGAGGAGCGGUGUCAAGCCCAGGGCGGCGGACGCGCAACUCUCUCUCAGCGUUGUGGCGAUACACACCACGACCGAACUGCUCACGGGUACCCUCCUUGACCUUGCACAGAAUGACGACUUCAUUGACAGCCUGCGCGAGGAGAUGAUACGUGUGCUGAAGGAACAGAACGCUGCCGGGAAAGCGGGUGGUGGGGGGGAGGGGAAGACUUCAUGGAAGAAGAACAGCCUCUAUAAAUUGAAACUGCUGGACAGCGCACUCAAGGAGUCACAGCGCUUGCACACCAGAGACAUUGCCUCUAUGCGACGCAUUGCCCAGGCCCCGGUCAAGCUAUCUGACGGUACUGUGAUCCCGAAAGGGGCGUUUACCUGGGUGACCUUGGACGCAUACAAGAACCCGAGAAUAUAUCCAAACCCCGAGGAAUACAACCCACGUCGGUUCCUUGACCUUCGCAGCCAGCCCGGGGAGGAGAACAAAUGGCAGCUGGUCAGCACCACCGCCGAGCACCUCGGAUUUGGGCACGGCGAGCAUGCAUGCCCAGGGCGCUUCUUCGCCUCCAAUGAGGUCAAGAUUGCGCUCGUGCACUUGUUGAUGAAGUAUGACUGGAAGUUGGAGGGAGGCCAGAGGUCUGCAGACGUAGUAAAGGGUGGGAGUGAGAAAGGUGUUGACGGAGAAGCAAGGGUUCUGUUCAGGAGAAGGAAGGAGGAGGUAGGGCUGUGA